AUGAAUUCAGCAAAAACAUUUGUUUGGAAUGAUAAAAUGAUAACUAGAGUGGAGAGACUACCUAAUGAAAUUGUUCUUUAUAUUUUUUCUUAUCUUGAAUGGUUCGAUAUGUUAAUGUCUUUUUGGUCAUUAAAUAUUCGGUUCAACUUUCUUGUGUGUUCAACUCUUUCAAAAACUGGUGGUAAUCUAUCAAAUUCGGGUAUUCUUAUUAAACAGGGUUUAUCUUAUAAUAAAUAUCGUUCAAUAUUAUUUCCAUUGAUUUUAAAUUCUUCAUCUCUUUCUUCUUCUAUUAAACGUAUUCAUUUUGAUGAAACAAAUUCAAUUGCUUCUGAUCUUUGUUAUGAAUGGUUGUUUAAUGAUAAAAAAAUUCUUCAUUUUUCUAAUCUUAAAUCACUUAUUAUAACUGGAUGUGGAUCAAUUGAACCAAUAAUUCAAUGUUUAUCUUAUCUUAUUGAACAUCAAUUAGAUGAACUCACGUUAACAUUUGAUUGGCGAGUGUUCACAAUUUUUUUUGAUGAAGAAAAACAAGUGUCAAUGGUUUCUGAUAUAGAAAAACAAAAGACAAUGCUCAUAGAAUUUCUUGGUAAAUUAUUCUCUUCUCGAUGUCAAUUAAAAACUCUUCAACUUGAUAUUAGCAAAGAACUAACGGAUGGUAUGAUUCCUCGAUAUUUAGCAUCAAAUUCUUAUCUAUGUCAAUAUCAAUCUUGUUGUAUAACUCUUCGUCAUUUAUUUAUUCGACUUGAACAUAAAUCUGUUCUUGAAAAUAUUAUCCAACAUCUACCAAAUCUUGAACAAAUAUCAGUUCAAUUUGAUUCUUCAUUGGUAUUACGUCCAUUAUCGAAAUCGUAUGUUGAAAUGCUGAAAAAUUCAAAUGGAAAUUGGUUUAAUAAAGUACCAAAACUAAGAUAUUUAAGUUUGGAAACUUACAUUAAUGAAGAUUUUGAAUUUAUUUAUUUAAAAUGGUUUCUCAACAAUUUAAAUCAUAUUGAAAAACUUCGACUUUAUCUUAAAAGUGGUGAAUUAAACGAAAACAGAUGCCAAAAAAUAUGGAAAUCUUUUAUUGAUGCUAAUUUCAUUCGAGAAUAUUGUUUACCAGAUACAAUACCAAAUUUAAUUUAUUUUAAUUUUUAUAUUUGUUCAGAAUGUCAAUUAUCAUUGAAUGAUAUAGAAAAAAUAAUUAAUUCAUUUAAAAUUCAUUCAUUUUUUAUUUCAUAUCAAUGGACAAAUGUUAAAUGUUUAUUUGAUCCAAUUCUAUCAUGUCAACAUCUUUUCUCUUCUUUUUCUAAAAGAAUUCAAUCCUCUGAUAGUCUUAUUAAAUAUCCAAAUAUUUUCAAUUACCCGCAUACUGAUGAUAGUCGGUUUCAGCAUUAUUUAUAUCCAUCAUUAUAUUUAUUGCUUGAACAAUUCAAUGAAUUAUCUUCUAAUAUAUCUUCUAUCAAAGUAUAUAGAAAAUAUCGCCAAAAUUUUAGCGAGUCAGAUUUACUGAUGUCAUUGGGAAUCUUAUCCAAAAUGAGACAAGACAAGACGAUCGAUAGUCCUUUUCGAAAUAUUACAAAAAUUCAAUUUGGAACAUGGCUUGAUCGGGGAUAUGCUAAUUCUAGCAAACCAUUACCUCGAAAUGAAAUACGUGAAAAAGUACUGGCUCAUCUCAUUUCAAUGACUGUGCAACUCAAAUAUCUUAUAGUUGAACAAUUCGAAUGGCUCUUACAUGUUGUUCAAUAUGCAACUGAUGAACUAAGAACGAAUGCAUUAAAUACUGUUCGAUAUGCGGAGUUUUGUAUUCCGAGUUGUAAUAUUGGUUCCAAAAACUUAAUUCAUAUUAGCAAAAAUCUUGUGCCUUUUCUUAGCACAUAUAUGCCUCAUUUACAAACAUUACGUCUUUGGCGAUCAGAUGAUUUUCCUUGGACAUCGAAAAAUAAUGAGACUGAAACUGAUCUUAUAUUAACAUUUUAA